AUGGAGCCGCUAAAGAAGCAGGCCAUGGAGCUGCCUCAAAAAAAGAAGCAGGUUGUGGAGCCGCUUCCAGAAAGAAAUCAGGCCAUGGAGCCGCCAAAGAAGCAGGUUGUGAAGCCGCUUCAAGAAAGAAAGCAGGCUGUGAAGCCACUAAGGAAACAAGUUGUAGAGCCACUUCCAGAAAGGAAGCAGGCCAUGGAGGCGCAAACAAAGCAGGCUGUGGAGCCGCUUCCAGAAAGAAAGCAGGCCAUGGAGCCGCCAAGGAAGCAGGCCAUGAAGCUGCCAAGGAAGCAGGCUGUAGAGCCGCUUUUAGAGAAAAAGCAAGCUCUGGAGCCGCUUCAAGAAAAGAAGCAGGCUAUGGAGCUACUUCCAGAAAGAAAGCAAAUCAUUGAGCUACCAAGGAAGCAAGUUGUGAAGCCGCUUUUAGAGAGAAGGCGGGCUGUGGAGCCGCUUUAA